AUGCAGCAGGUGGACAUUCAUGCUGCUAUGAACUAUCAAUUUACCCUGGAUAUGGAGGCCAUUAGCAUCAACAUGGGGGAUCUGUUUCCAGCCCUGGAUUUCAGUAACUAUAGCAACUAUAGCAACGACCUGCCAGGGUCGAGGGAUGACUAUUUAUGCCCUGAUGACCAUGGCUGGGAAGACCAGCUGAGCUCCAAGGCAGUUUUUGUGCUGGUGGCCUAUAGUGUCAUCUUCCUUUUGGGCAUGAUGGGCAAUGCCUUGGUGCUAGUGAUUCUCAAGAGCCAUCGGAAGGCCCGAAGUUCCACUGAGACCUUUCUGCUCCACCUGGCUGUGGCCGACCUCCUCCUUGUGCUCACCCUGCCCUUCGCCGUGACAGAGGGAGCCGUGGGCUGGGUGCUUGGGGCCUUCCUCUGUAAGACCGUGAGCGCCCUGCACAAAAUCAAUUUCUACUGCAGCAGCUUGCUUCUGGCCUGCAUUGCCGUGGACCGCUACCUGGCCAUCGUUCGCGCAGUCCAUACCUACCGCCACCGCCGCCUCCUCUCAGUGCAUGUCACCUGCGGUGCUGUUUGGCUGGCUAGCAUCCUCUGUGCCCUGCCUGAGCUCUUAUUUGUGACGGUCAGCAAAAGUGGCACCAAUGGCUCUGCUACCUGCAGUUUCUCUGGCCAAGGCCUGGCGGGCAGUGAUGCGUGGCUCACCUCCCGCUUCCUGUACCACAUAGGGGGCUUCCUCAUGCCUCUGCUGGUGAUGGGCUGGUGCUACAUGGGGGUGGUGAGGCGCCUGUGCCAGGCCCAGCGGCGACACCAGCGGCAGAAGGCAGUCAAGGUAGCCAUUCUGGUGACGGGAGUUUUUUUCUUCUGCUGGUCCCCUUAUAAUGUGGUCAUAUUCCUGGACACACUGGUGAUGCUGGGUGCUGUGCCCAAGUCCUGCCAAUUGGAUGACCACCUUGCAACAGCUAUCACCACGUGUGAGUUCUUGGGCCUGGCUCACUGCUGUCUCAACCCUGUGCUUUAUACCUUUGUGGGUGUAAAGUUCCGAAGUGACCUAAUUCGCCUGCUGGGGAAGCUGGGUUGUAUGGGCCCUGCUGCCCUCCACCGAUUCCUCCCCAGUUGGCGCAAGAGCAGCAGCUCAGAAUCAGAGAAUGGCACCUCUAUCACCACCUUCUAGGGCCCAACACCUCUCCCCUUCCAAGGAUGGAGAGGGAUCCCAGUUUUUUCUGGACUGACCCUGUCGAUGAGGGUCUGCAUUAGAGUCUGAUUAUCACU